AUGGGCUGUCGACUCUCGUUCUACGUGCGACUUCGCUGGUUACUUGGCCACAAGAUGCAGCUCCUCCUUCUAAGCCUCGACUCGGUGGGCAAGAACACAAGCCUCUACAAACUCGAACUCGGCGACGUCGUCACAACGCGGAUCCGUAUUGGCUUCAACGUCGAGAGUCUCGAUAUUCCGGGUCUCUCCUGCAUAUCGUGGGAUGUCGCAGGCCCUAUAAUGUCCCUUCGCCAGUUCUACUCGUCGACGGUGCACAAAGCCAGCGCGCUCGUGCUUAUCUUGACGCCAGCGAUACGUCGCGUAUCGACGAAGCACGCUGUGAGCUAA